ACCCAAGUAAAAAUAAUUAAAAACAAAAGGUGGAAUCUUUUUUUUCUACAGUCACCACUUACAUUAUUGCCAUAUCCUUUUCUUUCUCUAUCUCUCUGUCUGUAUAUGUAACUUUCACCAGCCAAACCAUAUAAUAUAAUCUAAACCAUUUAAAUCCAAAUUUUCUUGAGUUAUAUUUGUUCAUAAUUUAUUUUUUCUCCACCAUAAAAACCUGACCAGAACAAAAUCAAAAUCCACAAAAAUCAAGUGGUCCUUGUCAUUUUCAUCAUCUUCAAUCACAACUGUUUUGCAAGAAUGUUAUCAUUUUAAUCCCCCAAUCAUCAUCCAAAUUUUCCACCUUAAAAAAUCCUAUGAAUUUCCAAGAACUUUCUCAUGAUAAAUACAUUCAUUUUGACCUUUUUUUAGUAACUUUCUCUUCAAGUAACCUAUUCUUGAAUUCUUCAGUGUCUUUUCUUGAUUAAACUGUACUAAUUCUUGAAUGGCACCUUCAUAUUUUCCUCUGAGAUGGGAGAGUACAGGAGACCAGUGGUGGUACGCUUCCCCGAUCGAUUUCGCAGCGGCUAACGGUCACUAUGACCUAGUCCGAGAGCUUCUUCACCUCGACACAAAUCUUCUCAUCAAGCUCACUUCCCUCCGUCGUAUCCGCCGCCUCGAAACAGUCUGGGACGACGAAGAACAGCUCAAUGAUGUGGCAAACUGCCGUGCUCUAGUGGCUAAGAAACUGCUCUCAGAAUGUGAGACAAAGAAGGGUUAUAAUACUCUGAUCAGAGCUGGUUACGGCGGUUGGUUGCUGUACACUGCUGCAUCAGCUGGGGAUUUGGAGUUUGUUAAGUCAUUGCUGGAGAGAGAUGCGAAUCUGGUGUUUGGAGAAGGGGAGUAUGGUGUUACUGAUGUGUUAUAUGCUGCUGCUAGAAGUAAGAACUGUGAGGUUUUUCGGGUGCUGCUUAAUUUGGCUAUUGUUAGGGGCGGUUUUGAGGGUGAUUUGGGUUUUAGGAAGGAGAUGAUGAGUAGAGGUGUUCAUGGUGCUGCUAGAGGUGGGAAUUUGGAGAUUUUGAAGGAGUUGAGAGGGAAUUGUGGUGAUAUGUUGGAGUAUAGAGAUGCUCAAGGCUCUACUGUUUUGCAUAGUGCUGCUGGAAGAGGACAGGUUCAGGUAGUAAAGGAUCUAAUAGCAUCCCUUGAUUUGGUCACCUCCACUGAUUAUCAGGGAAACACAGCAUUGCAUAUAGCUGCUUACAGAGGCUAUUUAGCUGUUGCAGAAAUUCUGAUAGAAGCAGCUCCAUCAUUAGCCUCUCAAACCAACAACUAUGGAGACACUUUUCUUCACAUGGCAUUAUCAGGUUUCCGAGCCCCCGGUUUUCGACGAGUAGAUAAGCAGAUUGAGCUUGUGAAGCAAUUGGUAAGUGGAAAAAUUGUUAACAUCCAAGAAAUCAUCAAUGUCAGGAACAAAAAUGGAAGAACAGCUCUUCACAUGGCUGUAAUUGAGACUGUUCAAUCUUAUAAUCUUGCGGAACUUCUCAUGAAAGUUCCGACAAUCGAUCUAAACAUUUCUGAUGUUUACGGAAUGACCCCGUUGGAUCUGCUAAAGCAACGGCCGAGAUCAGCAACUUCUGAAAUUUUGAUCAAACAGUUGAUUUCUGCAGGAGGAGUCUGCAAUUGUCAGGAUCAGGAUCAAAAUAAUAUGGCUAGAAAUGGUAAUGCUUUACAUUUAAGAGGGCAGGGCAUAGGUAUGAGCCCCGGAACUUCGUUUCGAGUUUCUGAUUCUGAAAUAUUCUUGUACACUGGAGUGGAAAAUGAAACUGAUGUCAGCUGUGAGAUAACAAGUGUAGAUUACAACACAACACCAAGUUCUGUGAAUGGUAAAUACUCAGGUUCCGUAAACAACGCAGGAACGCGGCUAAAGUCGUUUCUGCAAUGGCCACGGAAGAAUAAAGAGAAGAAAUCUGAGAUGACAGAUGAUGAUUCUUUGACCUCAUUUCAACUAUCUCGAAACUUGGAAGAUCGUCCGAUACCUCUCAGGCAGAGAUUUUCAGAACUAUCACCAGAAUCGCGUGUUUCGAACAAUAAAAGAAUGUUUUCUUUCAGGAGUAGUCUUCCAAGUCCAUUGACCAGGAAGAAAUUUACAGCAGGACUAACACACGGUGUGAUUCGGGCACGGUCAGGCGAAUCGCCUUCGACUUCUAGUCCGUUAUCAGUAUCUUCCCUGGCUUCCCCUGCAUCAAUUGAGAAGAAGAGGGACAGACAAUUUUCUUUUAACAAGAAAAUGAUGAACAAGUAUUUAUGUUUUGGUGCACAAGGACUGCCUGUGGAUCAUAAUUCUAUGAGCUAUGCACAUCAAAAUCAAAGUUAUAAGCAUUCUGCUUCUAUGGUGGCAUGAAUUUUUUUGAUCAUUAUGGUGGCCUGAAUUUAAUAGCAGUUUUUUUUUUCUUCAAGUAAGUCAACUUUUCUUUUUUUGUUUUAUGUAGUAUUUUGCUUGUAGUAAUUAGCUACUUAAAGAGUAUACUUUAUACUUGGAGAUCAAUAUUAGAUAACUGUAAAUACAUUUAUUAUCA